AGGAUAUCCGGCUCUGCAGCGCAGAAAGCCGACAAGGGACAGGGUGUGCAUUUAAACGUACUCUACCACUUCAUUAUGUGCUUUCAAACAUGGCUUAAUGAUGUAAAUCGAUAAAGCUUUGCAUAACUGGAUGGUGAGCUUGCAACGUCUAAACAACACGAGCAAGGGGCCGUCGUGCAUUGCAAAGGUGCUUUUAUCGUUGCCUAAGCCAGAUUUGUCAGCUGGCGAUCGACGCAAGUCAACAAAAAUAGUGCGCAAAUUGAAUUUGGUGUUCACCACGAUGGUGAACUACUUUGUAGAUAUAAAUAGGAAAUAAAAAGGAGUUUGGUCAACUCGGCGAAUUCCUUACCGAUAAUAUACUGUUUGUUAUAUAUGUGUUGGUGUGCGCAGAGCUUUCUACCUUUAAAGCUUGCCAUUUCACAUAUGUAUCUUGCUGAAAGCAAAGCAAGAAGCCAUGAAUCAGUACGAGUCGCUUACUCUUCUUCAGUGAGCUAUGAGCUACGAGUGAUUCCGCUUUCACCUUCUGUUCGAAUAUGACAAAUGUCGGCGAGUCAGACACAAUAUGAAUGUGUUGAUGGGAUGUCGACAAUUAAUUCCUUGUGAGGCUCAUUCAGUGUACCUGCAAUUACUUAAAGAGAAGUUAGCUUCUUUUAAAACUUACUACCAAGAUUGUUCGUUGUCCCGAUCAAAUGCUUAUCUUCUUGGAAGAAGACGUGAGUGAUGAAGUUUGAAGCCCAUGACACUGAAUCCAACGUCGUCAUUAACAUUCGGACGCUUUCAAUAAGUAAGUCAAAACAAAGUGGAGGAAGACGGAGCAGUGCCGUUGAAGUUGUCUGCGGACAUGCCAAUAUGUCAGGAAAAAUACUGCCCUGCAAGUCGCCGGUCCUUCGCUCUGCGUGUUUUUACAUCCACUCAAGACAUUUGGAUAUUGCAAGCCAAGCAUCAAUCUUUGCGCUGCACACAGAUGUGAGUAUUAGCUGUUGUGCGAAAGCAUAAAAUUACAGACGCCCUUUGUAGUUUUAAUGUAGCAUAUGCUGCUGUAUCAAAAUGGCGCGAGAUACCCUUUUAAGCAUAUGCUGCUUUAUUAAGAAAAUGGCGAGACCAUGCACCAUAGUCUCAAGGAUGCUAAACAUUGGCUGUAGAAUCCUUUUGAAGCUUGUUUCUAUCAGCGAUGCUUUAACGCCAUAAAAGCUCUUCUAACUUUAUCAAGAGUCGAGUGAUCCAAGUGCAGCAACUUUUAUGAUCUCGAGCUAUGCAUGCAUGUGCUUCCCUCAUUCUUUCCAUUCAGUUCAAGCAGAAAAGACGCACAUUUUGAUAGCAAGCGGGAUUGCUUGGAUUUGUCGUAUCUCAAAUUUUUUCUUUUGCUCCUUUACAUUUCCG